AUGGAAGACCCAACGACGUCUAUUCUGGGUAAUCAGGCCGGCAGAAGCGAGCCCAAUUUCAGACAUGAUUUCACCGAUCUUCUAACCAACACUAUUCUUUUGUCUGGUCCUCCUGGUUGUGGAAAAACUGCUGCUGUUUAUGCGUGUGCUGAAGAACUAGGGUACGAGGUUUUCGAGGUAUACCCUGGCAUUGGUAGAAGGAAUGGCGCAAGUCUCGACAGUCUCAUCGGAGAUGUGGGUAAGAACCACCUUAUUCAAAAGUCCUCGAAUGACGAAGGACGCAUUUUCCACUCUCUUUAGUCAGGCGAAGAAGCGAUCUCACCACGAUGUAAUAAAGCACGUGGGCACUGAAGACCACCCCAUCGAUAUC